UUACAACACUACCAUUUAUCGUGUUUUUUCUCGAUUCUAAAUUUCUCUUAAUCUCGUUUGUUAUGUUUCUUCUCUGUCACUCUUAAGUCUUAACCCUAACCAAUCCAAAUCUCCCUCGAUACAAAAAAAAAAAAAAAAAAGCUUUUUCAUUUUCCCCUUUGUAUGAAAAUCCAAAGGAAAGCAAAUUAAGCCAAACAAACAGAGCAAAGAGGGAGAGAAUCGCUUCUGCAGAUCAACAAAAGCUGGAGAGCGAAACCCCCGAAUUCAUUAUCUGCUUUUCUUCUCCGAUAACCCUAACAAGCUCUCUCUCGACGUUUCAACGAAAGGUUGAACCCCCUCCUAUUUUUAGAUCAUCCCUAAUAUAGGCAUCAUGAGAUUUAAGAAAGGGAGCAAGGUGGAGGUGCUGGGAAAAGAAGAGGGAGUGUGGCGGCUGGGUGAAAUUACAUCUGGCAAUGGACACACAUACAGUGUCAAGUAUGAUGUUUCGAUGUUUGCAAGCGGUGAAGAUGUUGAGGAAAUGGUCCCGAGAAAGGCCAUUAGGCCCUACCCUCCAUAUGUUGAUUACCUCGAUUCAUGGUCUGUUGGUGAUGUUGUCGAGGUCUAUGUCAACCUGUCCUGGAGGACUGCAGUGGUUAUGGAGGUCAUGGAUGGAAAUUACUAUUUGAUUCAGCUAACUGGGAGUGCAAGAGAACUUCAAGCCAAUAAAAUCAACAUUCGAGUUCCCCAAUUAUGGCAAGAUGGCCAGUGGUUUGUCAUUGGAAAAGGAAAUAGUAGCUGCGAGGAUGUGAACUCCACGAAUGCAUCAACCUUGAGUUGUUAUCAGAAACCAAGCCAGAGGAUGAAGCAAGUUGGUGCCAGUAGAAAAUUGCAAGAAGGGAGUAACUAUCUAUACACCGAAAACAACACUGGUUUUCAGGAGUCUUGUGUUGUGUCAGCUAGAACAUUGAAGAGAGCUUCUCCUUUCUGGUCAUCUGACUUUGAAGCAUACGAUGCAAGCCUUCACAAAAGGAGAGCCUUUAGGAAAGAGGAGCAACUCCAAGGAGCGGUGAAGGGGUACCAAACAUCUUCACUGAAAAAGGACAGCAGUUCGACACAUGCAUGCUUUACUUCGAAAGAUCAAAAGAUGAUGCUGGGACACAAAAGUUGGGCCAGCAUGUUUGCUGGAACACAUACAGAACUUGUGGCUGCCACGAUGUGGGAAGUUCAUGCUAUUUUAAAUAUUCAAUUAUCCACAGGUUUAUUGUGCUUGUUUCGUCUUCAUAGUGGCAUCUCGUCUGAACUGAGUAAACAAGUCGGUCCAUGGUUAGAUUUUGGAAGAAGUCACCUUGAUGCUUAGCUUGGUGCGUGAAUGAUUUUGAAGAAUUUGGGCAACGUGUAUGAUUUAGUUCUUGUGUCCUUUACACUCUUUUACAUUACCUGGGUAGUUGAUCAGUUCUGUUCUUCUUUUGCCCCCUCUAAAUCGAAGGUAACAUCACGGAUGUCUCUCCCUUGGAACUUGUUCCUCAAAGAUUCACUGCUAAACUUUCUGGUUUGGUUUUCUUCCCUAACCUGCUACAUGUUGAAUUCAUUUGUCUUUUCGAAUUUCAUGUAAUGUUUCGACUGUUCGUAAACAUCUAGUUGCUGGUAAAGAUAUUAAAUCUGUUUCUUGGUUUUAUGAUUAGAAACCUCCUGUGAGGGUGGUUGGAUGGAGUUUGCAUGCAUGGCUGUUUAAUCUGAAUACCAUCUGAUUGCUUUGAGGUCCCUCGUCACUGACUCUUGAAAUCAACUUCCUGCUAUGGCGUUGCCGUAUCAGUUCAUCCUUAAACUAAUUACUUUUACUCAUCGCAAUCCUGCACAUAGGCAUGGUGCUAGUUUUCAGUAAACAAGAAGAUUGGACUCAUCAUAACAAGGCAUUGCCGAACCAGCAGACCGUUGAUUACCCGAGCUUCAAGCUAGUGCUCGUCGGCGAUGGCGGCACAGGCAAAACGACGUUUGUGAAGAGGCAUCUUACUGGCGAGUUUGAGAAGAGAUAUGAGCGUAAGUAGUUCAACGAUUGGCGUGGAGGUUCAUCCACUUGAUUUCUUCACCAACUGUGGCAAAAUCCGGUUCUAUUGCUGGGACACUGCUGGACAGGAGAACUUCGGUGGCCUCAGAGAUGGAUACUAUAUCAAUGGCCAAUGUGCAAUCAUAAUGUUCGAUGUCACUGCUCGGUUGACUUAUAGGAACGUUCCCACGUGGCAUCACGAUCUUUCCCGGGUCUGUGAGGACAUUCCUAUUGUUCUGUGUGGGAACAAGGUGGAUGUGAAGAACAGGCAGGUGAAGUCCAAGCAGGUCACAUUCCACAGGAAGAAGAACUUGCAGUACUAUGAGAUCUCAGCAAAGAGCAACUACAACUUCGAGAAGCCUUUCCUCUAUCUCGCCAAAAAACUUGCUGGGGAUCCUAAUCUGCAUUUCGUCGAGAGCCCUGCCUUGCAGCCUCCAGAGGUCCACAUCGAUUUGGCUGCACAGCAACGGAUUGAAGCUGAGCUUCUUGCUGCUGCCAAUCAACCAAUUGCGUAUGACGACGAGGAUGAUAUCUUUGACUGAAAAGAAGGCGUCGAUAGUGUAAAGCUAGCGUAGAAGAUUUUGAACUUGAGGAUGAUUUUGUAGGAUUAUGUCUAACGCGGCGCUAAGUAGAUAGAAAUAUUCGUGUGCCAUGAAGGCUUAUUGUAGCAAAGGUAGUUGACGUUGGUAUCGUUUGAAAAGAAAAUUCUAUCUGAUUUUGGUGGAUUUCUACAUUUUCUUGAGUUUCUUUUGUAUUGGAAAAUGAGUGAGUAUUCUUAUUACAAAUAAAA